CUCUUCUCUCCUUAUCGUCCUCUCACUACACAUCUUUUUUUUUCUUUUUGAAGAGGAAGUAAAGUGGUAGUCAUGGCAAUAACGAGUCGAUCUCACCUGUCCGGGUUGCUGGUAACCUUGCUGCUGGCCAUGCCAGCGUGCGCUCACGAAGGCCAUGAAAAUGUUCCUGACGGUGCCGCCAUCUCCGAAGAUCCGAUUGAUUCGACGCUAUGGCUGCAUAUGAUCCUCAUGGGAUUUGCCUUUGGCAUCAUUUUCCCCUUGGGUAUGGUUCUCGGGAUUGUACGGUCGCGCUGGCAUGUCCCUCUCCAGAUUGUCGGCACAAUUGUCGCAGUAGUCGCAUACUUCCUGGGCCAUGCUCACAAGGGUCGCCAAUUCGCCAAAAACGUCCAUGCGUCUUUCGCAAAUACAUUGAUGUUGAUGAUGGUGGUUCAGAUUGUACUGGGCGUCUAUCUCAAACUUCAUCUCACCAAGGGUAUUCACGGGCGGAUUCGUCGGGUUAUGGUGGUUGCGCACGGAGUUGUCGGCAAGGCCAUGCCGGUCGCAAGCUGGGUUCAGAUGCUGUUUGGAGGAAUCACAGCCAUGGGCUUCUGCCGGGAUGACCACUUGGGACAGUGUCUGGCUCACUUCAUCAUGGGCAGCGCUUUCAUCGCCUAUGGAAUUCUGCUUACCAUCCUGCUCCUCGUUGGUCAGUACUGGCUUCGCCGCACGGGUCGCAGCCAGGAGUUCUUCGAUUCGCUGAUCAUCGCCGCCUGGGGAUGCGUCAACACCUUCACUGAGCACCGGUGGGGAGGUCCCUGGGUUCACAACGAUCUACAACAUACCACGAUGGGAAUUGUUUGGUGGUGUGCCGGGCUGCUGGGAAUCUGGCUGAGCCGGAAACGCAAUGGCCGCCCCAAGCGCAAUCUCAUUCCAGCCCUGGUUAUUCUGCUCACCGGUUAUGCCAUGUCCGCUCACCCCCAGCAUCUGAUGAUCAGUACUAUGAUCCACUCCAUCUUCGGUUACACCUUGAUGGCUGCCGGCUUUACCAGGAUCAUUGAGAUCUCCUUUGUGCUCAGAGACAAGGGCACCGUCAGCCCGGACGGUUCCGACCCGAAUAGCUUUCAGUAUCUCACGCCUUUCUUGUUGUACGCUUCUGGGUUCCUCUUCAUGGGCGCCACCGAAGAACAAAUGCAACUGCUCAGUGACGCUGGAAUCACACAUGUUUCAUACGUCUUGAUUCUGUACAGCAUUGCUUUCAUCCUCUUCCUUUUCGUUAACGUCCUCUUACACAUCUAUGCUGUUCACGCAUGGCCUGAAUCCACCAAGCCACCGUCCCGCUCCCGCUCCUCCAGCUUUGCAGAUGACGCCGGCGAAGGUUCUCCCGGCUACAAGCCUAACCAGCCCAACGGCCGCUUUCUGAACGGCCACGCUCGCUCCGCAUCCGAGAACCAGCACGUCCAUGACGCCGAGGAGUUCGAGCUGCAGGGGCUCAUUUCAGAUGAGGAAGACAACGGGGAGCACAGUAGAAACACAAUGGGACCUCGGAAAGUGGACGAUGAGGAAAGCUCUGCUCUCGUUGGUAAGGAGACGUCAACGCGUUGAUUUGAAGGAGUUUCAAUCUAUAUAACAUUCUUUCGGGUGUCUUUUUAUCCAGCAAGCCUGAACUGUUCAUAUUUCUUUUCCGACUCUAUCAAAACGCAUUUGGCU